AGCUGUGGAUGCCUUUGACAUUAUGACCGCAGAGGAUUCCACCGCAGCCAUGAGCAGCGACCCAGCUGCAGCAUCCUCGGCGAAGGUACCCGAGGGCGUGGCGGGCGCGCCCAACGAAGCCUCGCUGCUGGCGCUUAUGGAACGCACCGGCUACAGCAUGGUGCAGGAGAACGGGCAGCGCAAGUAUGGCGGCCCGCCCCCGGGCUGGGAGGGCCCGCACCCGCAGCGCGGCUGCGAAGUCUUCGUGGGCAAGAUCCCUCGCGACGUGUAUGAAGACGAGCUGGUGCCCGUGUUCGAGACAGUGGGCCGCAUCUACGAGCUGCGCCUCAUGAUGGACUUCGACGGCAAGAACCGCGGCUACGCCUUCGUCAUGUACUGCCACAAGCACGAGGCCAAGCGCGCGGUGCGCGAGCUCAACAACUACGAGAUCCGCCCGGGCCGCCUGCUGGGCGUGUGCUGCAGCGUGGACAACUGCCGCCUCUUCAUCGGUGGCAUCCCCAAGAUGAAGAAGCGCGAGGAGAUCCUGGAGGAGAUCGCCAAGGUCACCGAGGGCGUGCUCGAUGUGAUCGUCUACGCCAGCGCGGCGGACAAGAUGAAGAACCGCGGCUUCGCCUUCGUGGAGUACGAGAGCCACCGCGCUGCGGCCAUGGCGCGCCGCAAGCUCAUGCCGGGCCGCAUCCAGCUGUGGGGCCACCAGAUCGCCGUGGACUGGGCGGAGCCUGAGAUUGACGUGGACGAGGACGUGAUGGAAACCGUGAAGAUCCUCUAUGUGCGCAACCUCAUGAUCGAGACCACCGAGGACACCAUCAAGAAGAGCUUUGGCCAGUUCAACCCCGGCUGCGUGGAGCGCGUCAAGAAGAUCCGCGACUACGCCUUCGUGCACUUCACCAGCCGCGAGGACGCAGUGCACGCCAUGAACAACCUCAACGGCACCGAGCUGGAGGGCUCGUGCCUGGAGGUCACGCUGGCCAAGCCGGUGGACAAGGAGCAGUACUCCCGCUACCAGAAGGCAGCCAAGGGCGGAGGCGCGGCGGAGGCGGCAGCUCAACAGCCCAGCUACGUGUAUCCCUGCGACCCCUACACACUGGCCUACUACGGCUACCCCUACAAUGCUCUCAUCGGGCCCAACCGGGACUACUUCGUGAAAGCAGGCAGCAUAAGAGGCCGAGGGCGAGGUGCAGCUGGCAACAGAGCCCCCGGACCCAGGGGUUCCUACCUCGGGGGAUAUUCUGCUGGCCGCGGUAUAUAUAGCCGAUAUCAUGAAGGGAAAGGAAAGCAGCAAGAAAAAGCAUAUGAACUUGUGCCGAAUUUGGAAAUCUCUGCUGUCAAUCCAGUUGCCAUUAAACCUGGUACAGUGGCCAUCCCUGCCAUCGGGGCCCAAUAUUCCAUGUUUCAGGCAGCCCCAGCCCCUAAAAUGAUUGAAGAUGGCAAGAUCCACACAAUGGAGCACAUGAUCAGCCCCAUCGCUGUGCAGCCAGACCCAGCCAGUGCCGCUGCCGCUGCUGCUGCUGCUGCUGCAGCUGCCGCUGUCAUUCCUGCAGUAUCAACGCCGCCACCUUUCCAGGGCCGCCCCAUCACCCCCGUGUACACGGUGGCUCCCAACGUUCCGAGAAUCCCCACCGCCGCGGGCAUCUACGGGGCCAGUUACGUUCCCUUUGCUGCCCCGGCCACGGCCACCAUCGCCACACUACAGAAGAACGCCGCCGCGGCCGUGUACGGAGGGUACGCCGCGGGCUACAUACCUCAGGCCUUCCCGGCUGCUGCUAUUCAGGUCCCCAUUCACGACGUCUACCAGACCUACUGAGGCCGGUGACAGGCGCAAGGGCCAGCCACAGAGACCGCUGCAGGAACACUGUACAAUUGAUGCAGAAAGGACCCUGUGGGAUGCGCGCACAUGUGAACCGUGACCGUGAAGAAUGUUAUCGAAUAUCAAAUAUCACCUGAGAUAUUUUAUACACAUGAAGUUUUCACUAGUUUUUUUUUUUUUUUUUUUUUAAGACUGUCCUCAACGGAGCAGGCCUGUGUUCAUACAUUUCUCAGAGACUCGCAGGGGUCCGUGCCUUAACACAUACCAUCUUUUAAAAAAAAAACUUGUCCGCCGAAUGACAUUUGUAUAGAGGUUUUGUGUCGUUCUGUUUUUUAAGGAUCUAUUUUCAGUAUGAAGGUUAUUUUCUUAACUUCUGCACUCCGGAGAGUUCUAUUUUGUGGUACCUUCCCUAGUAGACCAGCUGGCUGUUUAAAAAAAGCACCCUCGAGCAGCUGGAGAACUGUUUUGAAAAAAAAUGUAUUCACUAUUUAAAGAUGCAAACAAUCGUGCUUUGAAAAUACUACACCAAGCAUUAUUUUAAAGGUGAUACUGGAAAGUGCAAUUUUAAUAUGAGUCAAACCUCUGCUGUAUUUCCACUGGCAUUAAGGGUUGACGGUGUUCCCCUGUGUUACCAUGAUGCUUCUGUUUUUGAAAAGAAAUCGGAACACUCAAUCUCUCCUCAGGCCAACUUGGAAAUGACUCGUCACACUCUGAGUCCAAACACUGGAAAGCUGUACCUGUCACCAUUACCUUGGGUUGGUUCUCCCAUGUGCCUUGAUUGUUAACCAUGCCCCUCCCAUCCCGCCUCACCCCAGUCCCCAUCCCUAGUCCAGCUUCAAAGUUUGGCAAUUCUAGGAAGCAUGAAGAACUCUAUAGAGAAAACAACUAGUGGCUUUUGUACUUCUCCCUGGGUUUUUAAUGGGCUUCUUUGUUUUGUUGUACUGUUUUGUUUUGUUUUGUUGUUUGGUUGGGGAGGUAUUAUCUUCUACAUGUGCUCUUUUCAGUAGCAGAGUACGUGUAAGCACCGGGUUUUAAUAUUAUGUUUGCAUAAGACA